UCUCCAUAGAGAGAGAGAGGGAGAGGUAGGUCUAGAGUGAGAAAGCUUAGUGAGCGGCGGAAAUGGUGAAGUUCCUGAAGCCAAACAAGGCCGUCGUGGUCCUCCAAGGACGCUACGCCGGCCGCAAGGCGGUGAUCGUCCGCUCAUUCGACGACGGCACCCGCGACCGCCCCUACGGCCACUGCCUGGUUGCGGGGCUAACCAAGUACCCUCGCAAGGUCAUCCGCAAGGACUCGGCGAAGAAGCAGGCGAAGAAGUCGCGCGUCAAGUGCUUCAUCAAGCUCGUGAAUUACAACCAUAUCAUGCCCACGCGCUACACGCUCGACGUGGAUCUGAAGGAUGUCGUCACCGCGGAUUGCUUGCAGUCGAAGGAUAAGAAGGUGACUGCGGCCAAGGAGACCAAGGCGCGGUUCGAGGAGCGGUUCAAGACAGGGAAAAACCGCUGGUUCUUCACCAAGCUCAGGUUCUGAGUGUUUUAUAGAUGUUUUGAUAGGGCUUUAAAUUGAUUUGAUGCCUGCUACUUUUUUAUUGAGUAAUUUUGAGAUAUUUUGUUUUGGAGGAGAUGAUUUUGUCUCUGAAUUUGAAUAUCAGUCUGGUUUUAAUGUCAGAUGCUUUGAACUUUAUAUGGUA